AUGAGUGGUCAAGUGGCCGAGGGCCGCCUGCAGGUCCUGCAGAUCUACCGCCUGCUGCAGUACGUUCAUGGACAUGACAUGGUCCAGAUAGAGAAGAUGCUCCAGUGUGGUGUGGACAACCUGGUCAACCUGACAGAGCCCAAGGAUGGCAUGGGGGCGCUUCACGUGGCAGUGGCGGCCAACGAUGAGGAGCUGGUCAGCUUCCUUCUGUCCCACGGAGCUCUGCCUGACAUCCAGGACAAGAACGGCUGCACUCCGGUCAUGUCUGCUGUUGAGCUGGGAAACGACGCCAUUGUGGCGCUGCUGGCUCAGAAUCAUGCGAAUAUGAGGCUCCAGGACGCUGAAGGCAAAGGUGUGCUGUUCUACUGCAUCUACCCCACCAAGCGCCACACUCGCUGCCUGCAGGUGGCGCUGAAGUUCAAAGCCGACGCCAACAACGUGUCGGCUCAGGGGACUCACGUCUUCCAGCUGAUGUGUGAAAAGGCCCUGGAGUGCAGUCCCAAGUGUCUCAUUAUGUUGGACGGAGGAGCAGACCCCAACGCGACAAAUGAGAAAACUGGUGUGACAGCGUUAAUGGAAGCAGCCAGAGCAGGUUUACUGCCGCUGGUCAGAGCCAUCCUGAAGAGGGGAGGGAACCCCAACGCCCUGGACAGGAAACGGCUCACAGCGGUGCACUACGCUGCCAUGGGGGGCUUUUUUGAGGUGAUUCAGGUGUUGUCUGCGUACUCUGCAGACAUGGCUGUGAUCAGCUUAGAGGAGUGCAGCGCCUUACACUACGCUGCAGCCGCCGGAGACGCAAACUGCUGCAAGUUCUUGGCACAGAGAGGUUGUAACCCGAAACUGAAGAACCACGAGGGUCUGCUGCCACGUCAGAUCGCCAAAGACUGUGGUCACAAAGCAGCUGCCAAAGAGCUGAGGAAAGCAGAGAAACAACCAGCCAAAGGCCACAAGUCCACGGCUGUGGGCCCCCUGUCCGACCUGUGGGCCCUGACCCUCCACGACUGGUCCAACGAGAACGAGGACGACCUACGGCGAGCCUGCGGGAACAAAUCAGACGUGGUUUCCGCAGAGAGGUUCGUCUCAGUCUUAGAAGAACUGAAGGCUCCGGUGGAAGUCGGCCAGAUCCACAUAGUGAUGGCAGCCCACGACAGAGGCCGAGAGGGCUGCAUCAACGUCAACGACUUCAUCAAAGGCACCAAGUACGUCAAGAAGCCCUUCCUCCUGUCCUCAUAUGUGCCCAAAAAGAAAAAGGAAAAAGGGGGGAAAGGGGGGAAGAAGAAGGGGAAGUUUGUCCUCCCCCUGCCCAUCUGCACUCUGACUCCAGAGCUCAUGCCCCGACGACCCGACGGGGGCCCGCCCCACUUUCUGAUCGAGACGUACUGGAACCACUCGGACCCCCGGCGUUUUGACCCCGACCACCCCCCCGUCCAUCCGGUCAUGAACGACUCCGGAUGGUACUUAGAGAAGCCCAACAGCGUCUUCAUCAACAUGGGCUACUGUGUACGGAGCGGGGACCUGGAGUCUAUGGACCUGGCCUUCAGUCAGGGGGUCCCCGUGGACGUCCAGGACCAGUUUUACAAGACCCCGCUGAUGUUGGCCUGCUCCACCGGAAACUACGAGAUGGUUCGGUACCUUCUCAGCCGAGGAGCUGAUGUGAACAUGUGUGACCAGUUCCUGUGGACGCCCCUCCACCAUGCAGCUCACGCAGGCCAAGUGGAACUUAUUGAACUUCUGCUGGAGGCCGGAGCCUCUGUGGACGCCCCGGCCCUCAGUGGGGGGACCCCCCUGAUGAGGGCCAUUGAGAGCUCUAGACCCUCCUGCGUGGACUAUCUCAUCAAGGCAGGCGCCAGUGUUGUUGCAGAGAACAAGAAAGGGAAGAACUGCCUUGACGUGGCCAGAGCGUUUGGAGACUCCAGAGUUAUUGAGUUGGUCCGAGACAAGAUGGAUUCUCUGCCUAAACCCAAGGACGGCCCCCGAGGGAAAGGCGGAAAACCUCAAAAGUCUCUGAAGUCUAGCACCGCGAAAGCCAAGGUCUUCACCACAGAAGCAGCAGGAACGUCUACAUCAACGACAGGGAAGAGUGUUCCUCUGAAAGAGAUGAAGGACGUCAUCCAGCAAAACACCAAGAUCACCACUGGGAAGUCCAACACUGUGGACAUCACCUUUGUGCCAAAAACAGUGUGGGGGAAGCCGCCCACCACCAGCCAGCUGAUGUCAAAGAUAGAGAAACGGAAGGACCCUUUGUCCCUUGAGCUGGACUUUGACGACUUCAUGAUGCCUUUCAGCCAGACCUUCCAAAGAAAGACCCUGGAUCUGCCAAAAUCUACGGAGUAGACCGGACAGAGGUUAGGCAGAGAAAAACACAAGAUAUGUUAGAAUUAUUGUCCCUUUCCUGAGCUGGUUUUCCUUGGACACUGGAUUUAUUUGGCAUUUCUGUAUUUUUAAGCCUCUCAUAGUUUUGUCCAGAGGUGGCAUUAUGGUUUCAGGUUGUCUGUCCCAUUCUCAGGAAUACAGGGUUG